UUUUUAUUUUAUUGAAGGCUUAUACCUUAAACACUUAAGAUCAUUUUAUGUUUUAAAGUGUGCUUUCAGUGGUUGUCAUGCUUCUGUUUCUAGAACCAUUUGCCUUAAUUGUAGGUUUAAGAUUUUAGAUCGAUCAGGCGGUCGGGAUUAGUAUUUCGACCCGCCUGUUGAGUACAUUAGAUUAUAUGUACAUGUGGCACAUAUCAUUAAUCCUCUAAGUGUGUGAUUGAAAAAUGUAACAUCCAUAAACAUCCCGCCUUAUACUGUAAUACCCUCUGUUUUCUUGUUACCACCGGUACCGAGUGUAAAUAUGAAAUGGACUGAGACCACAUACAAGCUGAAGUGUACCAGAAAGUGAACCAAGUGCUUUGGCUGAGGAAACAUGGAGGACCUGGACCCUUCGGAGCAGCUUCUCCAUGAUGCCAGGAACGGGAACCUUCUAGGAAUUCAGAAGCUGCUGCUUUCCAGCCUGAAAGAGGAGUUCAAACUUAACAUAAACUGCAUAGGGAAGAGCAAGAGCAACUUCGGUUGGGCGCCUCUGCACCUGGCCUGUUACUUUGGGCAUCAAAAUGUGGUAGAGGAGCUGCUGAAGGUAGGAGCAGAUGUGAACCUGCCCAACAACGUGGGCGACACACCGUUGCACAAAGCCGCCUUCACCGGGAGAAAGGAAGUCGUGAUGUUACUCUUGCAAUAUAAUGCCUGUGCUACUGUGCUUAAUGGGACAGCUCAGAUUCCAAAAGACGUUACAAAUAAUGAAGAAAUAAAAAUUAUGUUGGAAGCUGCAGAAAGAACGGAGGAGAGGAAGCUGGAAGAGCAGUUCUUAGAAGCCGCCCGGGAAGGGGACUUGGCCACGCUGGUCCAGCUGCUGAACAGGAAGAAGCCCCCCAACAUCAACUGCACUGACCUGCUGGGGAAUACAGCCCUGCACUGCGCUGCCUACCGGGGCCAGAAGCACUGCGCUCUCAAGCUGCUGAAGAGCGGCGCCAGCACCGCGGCCAGGAACAAAAAGGAUCAGACCCCACUGGACCUGGCCAGCGAUGCGGAGAUGAGGCAGAUUCUGCAGGGCAGUGGGCAGAGAGGUGCGGCCCGCAACGUGCCGAUGUAUCAAGGGCCCCUUUGGAAGAGUUCCCGCUUCAUAGGAUGGCGACUUUACUGGGUGGUCCUCCAGGACGGGGUUCUCUCCUGGUUCCCUAAACAGUCAGAUGCAGCUGCCAAUGUCCGUCGGCAGGGCUGUAAAGCACUGACUCAGGCCCGCUGUACGGUGAGAGAACGAGACCCCUGCCUUUUUACGCUGAAAUGCUUCGACGACAGUAUCCACCAUUUCAAAGUGGACCCCAAGAAUGAUCCGCAAGCCACAAGAAAAAGGUGGCUGGAUGCCAUGGAGGACCAUUCGGCCUACAGCACGCACUACUGUUCCCAUGAGCAGGAGAGCGAGGACGACGAGGACCACGCAGUGACCUUGGCUGAGCUGAGCGAGUCCUUGCAGUCCGCCCAGGCCUGUCACCAGAGACUGGAGAGCGAGGUCUCUGCCCUGCAGGCUAUGGUGAGGAAGGACGAGCGGGCCCACCAUCUGCCUCCUCAGGUCCUGCAGAAGGUGAAGGAGACCUGUGCUCUCUCCGGGGAAGUGUGCGCAGCUCUCCGCUACUGCCUGACACUCUUCUCCCAGCACGAGGGGGUGCGUAGCCAGAAGCUGGAGCACGAGGUGGAGAAGAACAAGAUCCUGUCAGAAGCGCUGCAGACACUGGCCACUGAGCACCACGAGUUGGAGCAGUCGGUUGUCAAGGGUUCGUCGCCCCAGAGCGCGCUCAGUGAGGAUGAGUUCUACGACGCCAUCUCUGAGUCCGACUCGGAGCACUCCUUGAGUGGGUUUGAGACAGUCGCCAGCCAUUCCUUCGAGGAGGACGAAGAGGAAGAACAGGAGAAGGAGAGGCGCGUCCGGCCAACGGGUGGCCGCAGAUUUCCCGCCAGCAUGUCACGGGAAGACGAGGAGGUCCCCUUGGAGCUCCAGGCCAAUGGCAUCGGGAGGCAUAGGACGAGCCUUCCAGCUCCCAUGUUCUCCAGGAACGACUUCAGCAUCUGGAGCAUCCUGAGGAAAUGCAUUGGCAUGGAGCUGUCCAAGAUCACCAUGCCGGUCAUCUUCAAUGAGCCGCUCAGCUUCCUGCAGCGCCUCACUGAGUACAUGGAGCACACGUACCUCAUCCACAGGGCCAACUCCGCUUCAGACUCCAUUGAGAGGAUGAAGUGUGUGGCAGCUUUCGCAGUGUCAGCCGUCGCAUCACAGUGGGAGAGGACGGGCAAGCCCUUUAACCCGCUGCUUGGGGAGACCUAUGAGCUGGUCAGGGAGGACCUGGGGUUCCGGCUGAUCUCAGAACAGGUCAGUCACCACCCCCCUGUCAGUGCCUUCUAUGCCGAAGGGCUGAAGAACGACUUCGUCUUCCAUGGCUCCAUAUACCCCAAGCUCAAGUUCUGGGGCAAGAGUGUUGAGGCUGAGCCCAAAGGCAUCAUUACCCUGGAACUGCCCAAGUAUGGUGAAGCGUACACAUGGACCAACCCCACCUGCUGCGUUCACAACAUCAUCGUGGGCCAGCUGUGGAUUGAACAGUAUGGCAACGUGGAGGUGAUCAACCACAAAUCUGGGGAAAAAUGCUGUUUGAGCUUCAAACCUUGCGGCCUGUUUGGAAAGGAGCUUCACAAAGUGGAAGGCUACAUCCUGGAUAAGAGCAAGAAGAAGCUGUGUGCCCUCUACGGGAAGUGGACCGAGUGCCUCUACACCUUGGACCCAGCGGCUUAUGACACCCAUAAGAAGAACGACAGGAAGAAUGCGGAGGAGAAGAAGGGCAAACACGGCUCCGGUGCCGAGGAGAUAGAGGAGAUGCCCCUCCCUGACGUUGAGACGGUGGAGAUGAUCCCGGGCAGCCAGCUGCUGUGGAGAAUAGCACCAAGGCCUCCCAACUCCACCGAGAUGUACAGCUUCACCCUGUUCGCCAUGCAGCUGAACGAAUUGGAUAAGGACAUGGAGGGGGUCAUUCCCAAGACGGAUUGCCGGCUGCGGCCAGACAUCCGGGCCAUGGAGAAUGGGGAUAUAGACCUGGCAAGUGAGGAGAAGAAGCGGCUGGAGGAAAAGCAGCGAGCCGCCCGGAAAGUCCGCUCAAAAUCCGACGAGGACUGGAAGACAAGAAGCGCACCGCUCGGCCCCAGGUGGUUCAACCAAGCACCCAACCCUCACAACGGUGCUCAGGAUUGGAUCUUCUCUGGCGGUUACUGGGACAGAAACUAUUCAGGGCUUCCUGAUAUUUAUUAGCGUGUCCUUUGAUGAAGUGAGGAUGCUCGACAUUUCUGACAUUGUCAGCUUCUGCAGUUGAAUUCCUGUCCUGUGAGUGGUGCUGUUCUUUGUUGUUGAUGUUGUGACCCCUUUUUUUGGGCUGGGUUUUGUCUUUUUUUUUAAAAAAAAAAAAACAUUCCCCCCCCUAUAAUUGGCCUUUAACACUUGUUUAAUUAAAAAAAAUGUAUUUAAAGUAUUUCCAGUGUAGAUGUGUAUUUUUAUUUUAUAUUUUAGCAUUUAACCGCACACAUUUUCCAGUAAAGCACAUUUAAAUGAAGUCUGUCAUAAUGUCCCAGACCAAGGAUGAGUUGCUCAGAUUUCAAAUCUCUGUGAGGAGUUAAAUCAUCUCUUUGCACUAAUACCAUGUACGCUUUGAUUUUAUUUUUUAAGAUGCAGUGUCUUGAGUUAAAUAUGAAUCUGUUGUGGUGUCUUCUCUCCCUGUGUAUGAGUAACCCGGCUGCAGGUAGUGCUGUUGUUUUUGGGGUUUUUUUCCAGCCUGUGUUGAGACAUACAGCUUUUGUUUUUUGUUUUUGUUUGUUUAAUGAAUGUUCUUGUUACCAUAUCAGCAGUGUAAAGUGCAUUAAAGGAGCACUGAUGGUUCAUGCACCUGUGCAUGCAACGGGUUGAAGUUACUUGUCUGUGGCGUAUUAAUUGAGGGAGUCGCUUCGAGUUCAUUUCCGGCUGAUGUCCACUGCUGAACUUCAGACUGAAAGGUUAUCCUCCACCAAACCCUACUGCAGGGUUUGGCUUCCUUUCACCCCUGUGACCUUCUCAGGACAAACUGUUGAGUGGAUUUGACCCCUCCCCUCCCCGCUGGUUUCCGACAUGGAGACGUCUCAGUAUUUCCGGAACGUUCCUGUUCCUGCACCGUGUGGUCGUAGCAGACUGUCUGUUGGAAUAUAAACAAACUGUGAGAGUCCCACUUGCUGCUGACGGCUGUGUCAUUUACGUGGAAUGGCACAGUCUGCCUCGUGGAUUAACCGGGAUUUAGUAAGGAUCGCAAAUGGGGCUGGAUGCUGCACCGUUCUUCCUUGCGUCACAAAACAACAUUUUCAAGAUAUCACCUAUGCAAAGCAGGAAGAGGACCCUUGGGUUAUAGGUCAACUAUGUGUGGUCCAGCCCCUCGCCCUGGAGAACAGACACUCAUGUGAUCACUUAUAGGCAACCCUCCAGGAUACUUAGUUUGUCAUACUGACUGUAGGUGAGCUGUUGAGCUCUUAACAUGUAGUUUUACUUGGUCUUGAAAUCUGUGUAUAUUAAAUGUUAGACUAUAAUUUCUAAUGCUGCUAAAUAAAAGCUUGUAAUUAGGAAUGUG